AAUUCAUUAACUUGCAUUAAUGCACACCCAGGCUGCGUGGGUCCUCCAAAGUUGCUAUAAACGAGAGGGCCUCCCUAGAAGAAUAUCUAGCGAGGUGUGGAAGAGAAGAUCUCCAAGCAAUGGCGAUCAAGAUCUAUGGCAUCCCCAUGUCAACUUGCACUGGCCGGGUCCUCUACACCCUCAAGGAGAAGAGCCUCGAUUACGAGCUGGUUCCCGUCAAUAUGGCCGCCGGAGAGCACAAGGACCCUCAGUUCCUCGCCAAACAGCCCUUCGGACAGAUCCCUGUGCUCGAGAACAAAGGCCUGACCCUCUUCGAAUCCCGAGCGAUCUCCCGUUACAUCUGUGACUUGUCUCCCAAAGGAGAGCCGCUCUACGGCAAAACCCCCGAGGACCGAGCACUGGUCGAGCAGUGGCUGGAAGUGGAGUCCCAGAACUUCAACCCCCCAAUCUCCACCAUCGUCUUCCAGCUGGUCUUCUCCAAGUUCCGCGGCCUCACCCCGGACCAGGAGGUGGUGGAGAGCAACCUCAAGAAGCUCGACUCGGUGCUGGCCAUCUACGAGAGCCACCUCGCCUCCCAGGACUACCUUGCCGGCAGCUUCUUCUCACUGGCCGACCUCUCGCACGUCCCGUAUCUCCACUAUCUCAUCAACGUGGCCAAGAAGGGUGACGUCGUCACCUCCAAGAAGAACGUCAGCGCGUGGUGGGAGAAGAUCUCGUCGCGACCGGCAUGGCAGGAGGUUGUCGCUGCUGCCGCUGCUGCUCCGUGAUCGUCACGGUUGAAGAUCUCCAAUAAUAAGUGGAGCCGACGACUCCGCGUCUCAAUAAGUUUUUGCCGCUGCUGGUGCGAUUCGUUUCCAAGUUAAAGCUUUGAGUCUCUGUUGCCAAUCUUGUCUAGUUCCUCGAUUUCAGAUCGUCUUGUCUCGGUAUGAGAUCGUCUUGUCUAGUUGUCUCGGCUCGGUUUGAGAGCCAGGGAAAAUGUCACUUCUUUAGAGAGUAUUCUCAUAA